GAUUGAAUGAAUCUCUAUAAAACGAUGCUCCAUAUGUGGUGGUUUUCUCACCAAUCCCAUCUCCUCCUCCCCAUAAAAAAAAUGGGCUCUUACAAUGCAGUAGCCGCCUUCCUUUUGUUUGUGAGUCUCUUUUUGGGAGGCUCUUUGGGUCAACUGAGCGAGAACUUCUACGACUCUACUUGCCCACGCCUCCCCAACAUUGUCCGCCGCGAGGUCAAGAGAGCUAUCGAUACCGACAUCCGUGCCGGGGCAAAACUCAUUCGCUUCCAUUUCCACGACUGCUUCGUCCAGGGUUGUGACGGUUCUGUUUUGCUAGAGGAUGAUCCCGGGGCCGGCAUAGUGAGCGAGCUCAACGGACUUGGAAAUUUGGGAAUCCAAGGGCUCGAGAUUGUGGACGCCAUCAAAGCCGCCGUGGAGGCUGAAUGUCCCGGCGUCGUCUCCUGCGCCGACAUCCUAGCUCAGGCCUCUAAAGAUUCUGUCGACGUGCAAGGAGGGCCUAGCUGGAGGGUCUUAUACGGGAGAAGAGAUAGCAGAACGGCCAAUAAAACAGGGGCGGAUAACCUCCCCAGUCCCUUCGAAACUCUGGAUCCACUCAAGAAAAAGUUCCAAGAUGUUGACCUCAAUUCCACCGAUCUUGUGGCUUUAUCUGGGGCUCAUACGUUCGGUCGGUCGAGAUGCCUCUUCUUCAACGGGCGUUUCUCCAACUUCAGCGGGAGCGGGCGGCCGGAUCCGACGCUGGACCCGGCGUACAGGCAACAGCUGGAGCGAGCUUGUACGGAUGGGCAAACGCGAGUGAACUUCGAUCCAACGACGCCGGACACAUUUGACAAGAAUUACUACACCAACCUUCAAGCCAAUCGAGGACUUCUCACCAGUGACCAAGUGCUGUUCUCCACUCCUGGGGCCGACACAAUUGACAUUGUCAACCUUCUUGGCUCGCGAGAAGGCACCUUCUUUAGACAAUUUCGCCUCUCCAUGAUUAAGAUGGGGAAUAUCAGACCUUUAACUGGAAAUCAAGGGGAAAUCAGAAGAAAUUGCAGGAGGGUCAACGAUUUGGGACAAGGAGCAGGAGCAGGCCAUGAUGUUAUGUAACUAAUCUCGGUUGCCUCUUCUGUGCACCACAAAUAAAUUAGUUUUAAACAAAUCUCUACGAACGAACAGCUUCUCCUUAAUUGCUUUUUCUCCACUCAAACAGACAAGAAGAAGGAACUCCUCAUUCGAUUUUUAAUUAAUGAAUAAAAUUUGGGGUAAAUUCUACAAUUA